AUGGGGGAGACCCCGCCGAGGUGGAGGAGAGCCCAGGAGGCAGUGCAGGACGCCCGGGGAAUGGAGAGCAGCGGGAUGGUCUUGCCCCGAAGUGCCGCUGCUGAACUGGGACUUCCAGGCUGCCCGGAACCCGGCAAGCUGAGCUAUGGAACGGAGAAGGGGUGUUCCUGGAGGGGCUCCGAGGGAUGCUUGGGGCCGGGUCAGGAGCUUGCCGGUGGCCAGCUGGGCUGCCCCUACCCGCCGGCCCCACCGUGCCUGCGGGACGCCUUGUGCCGCCCCAAGGAUGGAGCUGAGCUCCCGCCGCUGCUGCCACCCAGGAACGGGCAGCCCAAGGCAGGCUGGGCUGAGCCCUGCAAGGAGCACCCGGGGCCACGGUGGGCUGAGGCCGUGCUGGCCCCCCUGGCCCUCUACAGCCACGCUUACCACCGCUACCCCUUGCCCUUCCCGGGGCUGGAGAGCCAGCGCCCCAGCACCGCCGGCAAGCCUCGCACCACUGUAGGAGAUGGGGCCAGUGACCCCCUGGCUUUCCGCCACUGCCCCUUCCUCCUGUCCUCGCUGCUGCCCGCCGGACCCCCAGCCGACCCCCCGUUUGGUGGGGGGGGGCCGGAGGGACCGGGGGCGAUGGGCGACGGGCGCUUCGCCGGCAUGGACUGGCGCCUGGGCUCCUACGUGCCCGCCUGGGGCCAGCCGCUCUACCUGGGGCUCCCGCCAAGGUGCAAGGCGGCUCCGACCCCCUUCGAUGACUGCUCCGGCUCAGGGAACAAGGAGUUUUACCCGAAGAAGGAGCCUGGCUUCCACCCCCCAGCCAAGGACCAAGCGCCAUCACAACUGCUGGGCAAGGGGCAGGACAGAGAUGGGGAAGGGGAACCGGUGGUGCCGGAGCUGCCGGGAGCCCCGUGGAGGGAUGGCCGAGCAGGGGCCAGCUCGGUGGUGCCCGCUCCCCAUGCCCGCACGCCUCCCCCCAGCACCAGCCACCCCCUCUUCCUCCUGCAGCCCGGCGCAGCGGGGGGCUGCGGGGGUCCCUGGGUGGGCACGCGGCCCCACGCCGCUGAUUUCCCCCCAGAACCGGGGCCAGGACGGCCCUCUGAACCCAAAGAUGAGCGCCUGGCAUACCAAAGCCUCCAGCCCAGCUCGCCGCUGGGACCAGAGGAGCCCAACCCAUCGCCUCCGCUUACGGACGGGCAAUACCCGAUGGCCCUUGCCAAGCCGGAGCCGCCCCCGGCUUGCCUUUGCACCACACCGGGUUGCGAUGGGUGCCCGGGGGUGGGCUGUGGGGUGCUCGGCCCUUUUGAGCCCACCCUGGGCAACCCUGGGGGCCGUUUUCCAUGCCCACCCACCAACCACACCAAGCUAAAGAAGACCUGGCUGACACGGCACUCGGAGCAGUCGCUGCCGCGCUGCAAGGCUCCCCGGCGGGACGGUGGCCUGGAGCUGGCUGGUGAGGGCAAACGCUCGGCCAAGCGCCCGCACGGCACAGCCGACGGACCCCGGGCUGCCGGCGAGGGUGCCGGGGCAGCCAAACGGGGCGCGAAGGCCACCGAGCACAUGGCCGCGGCAUGCCUGGGUGAUGGCACAGAGAGUGGAGGGGACCCGGAGGAGAGGAGGAUGGAGCUGGGAGAGGGAGACUCGCCGAGCCAUGCUGGCCCGGAGCUGCGGGAGCCGUGGUGCCUGCAGAGCGUGCCCUGCACCGACCUGCCCGAGAGCAUCCCCCGGUGCUGUGCCUGUGCCACCCGGGCCACGGGGGACCCCAAGGGCGAGGAGGAGGAGGAGGAGGAGGAUUCCCCUGAGAGCACCUGCAGACUGCUGCAUUUCCGUAGGUUUGCCUUCAGGGAUGGCGGAGAGCUGGGUGUCGAUGGCUUCUGCACCCUGGGGGAGACGGAGGGGGACACGCUGCGGCUGGAGGCAGCCGGCCCCGAGCGAGGGAACAGGAGCGCAGGCAGGAGCCUCUGCCUGGCCAAAUACUUGCUGGGGGUCCUGGGGGACCCCUUCUGCGAGGCCGUCCGCAGGGACAGGGACGUGUGGCCGGGAGCCCCCGGCAGGCCCGAGGAGGGUCCGGCGCGGCCACCUGAGUGCAUCCCUGGGCAAGACCACCACGUCGCGUCCCUCGUCCCCACGCAGUUCGUCCCCACUCGCGUCCUGACCCGGCUCUGGAAGCAGCUGCACGAGGUUCGGGUCAAGUUUGGCAUCGAGUCGCGUUGUCCCUGCGGGGAGGGGGCUGCGGAGCGGAGCCCGGCGGAGCCCCCGGGGAGCAGGCAGGAGCCGAUGGGGACUACGGUGCCCACCCCCCCACCCAGCAGCGAUGGCCAAGCCAACACCUCCCGGCCCAUCAAGGAAGAGAGUCCCGAGGGGGGACCACCAUCACCGGGGCAGCCACCCCCCCGGGGGGCCGUGCAGACCUCCACCCUCUGCGACCUCCUCGCCUCCACCGCCGUCAAGCUGUGCCUGGGGCAGGACGGGGUGCGCAUGGCCUUCGCCCCCGUCUCGCCCGCCUUGCCCAGCGACAACCGCCUGACCAGCAUCCUGGACAGCAUCAUCGCCCGUGUGGUGGAGAGGAAGAUCCAGGAGAGGCAAGCGGGGGGCGAGUUGAGCCCCCCCAGCCCCCCUGGUCCUCCCGGCCCCCCCGUCUCCCACUGCAUCCUGGCACCCAGCGGGCUGCUCUGGCUGCACGACCCCGGCCACGCCAGCAACUACAAGCUCUUCCAGGAGCACUGGCGGAGGGGCCAGCCCGUCCUUGUUUCAGGGCUACAGAAGAGGCUGGAGGGGCGGCUGUGGGGGCCAGAAUCCUUCCGUAUGGCUCGGGGGGAGCAGGCGGUGGAGGCGGUGAACCUGCGGGCACCACCGGACCGCAUCAAGAUGAGCAGCCAGGAGUUUUGGGACGGCUUCACCGCCAGCGCGGGUGGUGCCCGGCGGCAUGACGCCCGCAUCCCCAUGUGCGAUGGCAUGCUCCCUCCCGCAGCAUCCCCGGAACCGGAGCAGGGCGGUGGGGACCUGCUGAAGCUGGAGAGUGGCUUUGGCGACAUGGAGGUGUGCCGGGCCACCAACCUGAGUGCCAGCCUGCCGCUGCCGGAGUACUGCGGGCCCACCGGCCACCUCAACCUGGCUGCCUACCUGCGGGGCCAGCGAGGCCGGCGCUGGUUGCGCCCGCGUGUCUGCGUGGCUUAUGGCGUGCAUCCCCAGGACCGGACGAUUGGGACCAAAAACCUGACGGUGGAGGCGACCGACUCCAUCAGCGUCCUGGUGCACACCGCGGCGUGGCUGCCCAAGCGGCCGACGGCACAGCAGGACCUGCUCCUGCAAGCCGACGACGAUGGCGUGGAUGCACUGCUGAAGGAGCGGCUCUGGGAUGCCGGCAGCCGGCCCGGUGCCCUGUGGCACAUCUUCCGUGCCGAGGAUGCUGGCCGCAUCCAGGAUUUCUUGAAGAAGACGUGCAAGGACCAAGGGCAGGAGGGGGUGGCCACGGCGGAGCCCCCCACCCGCUACCUGGACCUCUCGCUGCGGAGGCGGCUGCGCGAGGAUUGCGGGGUGAGCUGUUGGACCCUCUUCCAGUUCCUGGGGGACGCGGUGCUGGUCCCUGCUGGGGCUCCCCACCAGGUGCAGACCCUCACCGCUACCAUCAGCGUGGAGCAGCGGUUCCUUUCGCCGGAGAAUGCCACCCGCCUCUGGGACCACAGCAUCGAUCCCCCUGGGGCUACGCCCCAGCUUCAUGCCCAGUUGGACGGCAUGAUCUUCGCCGCCGUGCGGGAGGCCGUGGGAAUCCUGCAGGGCUGCAAGUGA